CAAGGGAACUUUAAUCGAUCCAGGACCGAAGUCAUGACGAAGGUUCUGGUUCUUCUGGGCCUGGCUGCCUUCUGCUCCCUGGCUGCAGCUCAGUGUGUGUGUCAGUCCAUGAAGUGGGCCACCUGCGACCCAGUUGGCUCUGGUUGUCAGUGCACGGUUCUGGUCGAGGCUGGUGAGAAAAAAGCCCUGAACUGCUCUGUCUUGGUUCCGAAGUGCAUCCUGAUGAAGGCGGAGAUGUACCGGGCCACGAACAACCUGGGCACCCGCACUAUCGGAGGCAAGCCGGUGGAGUCGGCCUUCACCAACAAUGACUCGAUCUACGACCCGGACUGCGAGAACGACGGUAAAUUCCAGGCCAAGCAGUGCAACGGCACCGCAGAGUGCUGGUGCGUGAACAGCACCGGGGUCCGCAGGACCGACAAGGGCAACAAGGACAGCAUCACGUGUCCCGAGCUGGUGGAGACCUUCUGGGUUCGUCUGCAGCUGAAACACAAGCCGGUGCCGACCAAACUGGAUUAUGGCAAACUGCAGAGCGCCAUUGGGGACGCCAUCAGAGACCGCUACGGCUUCGACAGGAGCCUGGUCAAAGAGAUUCAGUACAACCCAGAAGCCCGACGCAUCGUGGUGGACGUGAAGAAGCCUGAGGACAACAAGGACAUCAACCUGGCCCACAUGGCCUACUACAUGGAGAAGGACGUCAAGGUUCUGCCCCUGUUCACCAACCAGAACACGUUCUCUCCCAAAGUGGGCGAGCAGACUGUGGACAUGGAGGACAUCCUGGUGUACUACGUGGACACCAAGCCCCCCACGUUCACCAUGAAGCACCUGUCGGGCGGGAUCAUCGCCGUCAUCGUGGUGGUGGUUCUGGCCGUGGUCAUCGGCCUGCUGGCUCUGUUCUUCAUCCGGCGGCGUCAGAAGCAGAGAUACAGCAAAACUCAGCAGAGGGAACUGGACCCCAUGUGAGGCGGCCGGCGGCGCUGGAGCUUCAGCUCGUCGCCUCGAUUUUAUUUCUACUGGGAAUGUUUUUAUUUCUGAGGACUGGAGAAGUUUCUGCUGCUGGUCCAUGUUUUUAAUUUAUAAACUGUUGGACAUCCCAUAAUGAUGUGGUGGACAUCCCAUAAUGAUCUCGUGUUCUUGUACAUUUUUCUGUUUUGACUUGUUUUUAAUAAACUUUUUAAGACCU